UUUAAUCAGCUGCUUCCUUUGUGUUCUCAAUUUAUACAAAGCCCUAGUGAGCCUGCUGGAGUGAAAUUGACCGGCUGCUUCUCUUUGGUUUCCCGCCAUGGAAAUCGAUUCGGAGAUAAACCUCCACCGUAAACAAGCCUCCUACAUCUCACAGGACGAGAAAUUCGUGAUGAAAGAGGUGUACCGUGGGCAGCAGUACAGCCAAAUCUACUUUGCUCGUCUCCAUCUGAUGAGGACGCUCCUCUACUCCCUCCUCCCCAAUUGGAAGCCCCAUCUUCCAGUUACCACAAUUUUGGGACUGGAGGAAGCCAAGGAAUGCACCAUUGUUGGGACACUCUACAAGCACAUGAAGCUCAAGCCUUCCAUUCUCGACGAGUACUCUAAGACGAGAUCUGCAGUGCCGCUUGUCAAGCCGCGUAAUUUCGUGCACGCUGAUGAUUAUUUGGUUUUGGAAGAUGAGAGUGGAAGGAUUAAGCUUGCCGGGAGCGUGCUUUCGCCUUCUGUGUAUGUAACAGGGAAUAUUGUUGCAUUGCACGGGAAAGAGACUGAUGAAGGUGAAUUCGUAGUACUAGAUGUUCUUGAACCUGGCUUAUCGCCCCAGAUUGAAUUGCCACUUAAAUCAAGAGAAGAUAAGUAUGUUGUUUUUGUGUCCGGGCUUCAUGUUGGAAGCAGCUCUGCGAAUCCUCUCUUAUUUCAGCUUCUUGUUGAUCAUAUAACAGGACAUUUAGGAGAUGAGAAGGAACAAAACCUUGCAUCGCAAAUAGUUCAUGUUGUAGUUGCUGGAAACUCUGUUGAACUUCCUCGUGGGCUUCUUAAUGGACAGAAUUUGGCACCAAAGGAUCAAGCUAGGUUGUCGUCACCGAUUAAAGAGCUGGAUAUUAUGUUGACUCAGAUAGCUGCAGGUGUGCCUUUAGAUGUCAUGCCGGGUGUAGAUGACCCUGCAAAUGCAUCUUUGCCCCAACAGCCUUUGAACAGAUGCCUUUUCCCUGGGUCAUCAGUUUAUAACAUGUUUAGAUCAUGUACUAAUCCGCACUCCUUUGAUCUUGAUGAAAUGAGAUUUGUUGGAACAUCAGGUCAAAAUAUAGAUGAUCUUGAUAGGUAUUCAGAAGCAAAUGAUAAACUUGAAUAUCUUGAAAGAACAUUGAGGUGGAGGCAUUUGGCACCCACAGCACCAAACACUCUUGAGUGUUAUCCCUUCACAGAUAGGGAUCCCUUCCUGAUGGAAAGCUGUCCACAUGUGUACUUUGUUGGUAAUCAGGAUAAAUACGGUAGUCGCUUGGUAAAGGGAUCUGAAGGGCAGAUGGUGAGACUCAUCUGCAUUCCUAAAUUCUGUGAGACAGGAGUUGCUGUUGUGCUAAACAUGAGAACCCUUGAAUGCCAUACACUCAGUUUCGGGACUCAAUUCUAAUAACUUGGUAAGAAAUUCACCAGGUCUACUUAACUUGGUUUCCACCUGUUUGAAUGGAUUUAUGUAUCGAUACAUAUUCCAACAGAAUUUUGUGGAGAUCCAUUGAAAAGAGAGCCAGAUGUCAUGACUCUGGAGCCAAAUUAGCUUGGUUUUCUUGUUCUCCAAGCAGUUGCUCCCUGAAUAUCUUAUAUCACGGCUGUUGGGGUAGUUAUUUAUGUAUUUCUCUAGAAUUAGGGAAUGUACUCAAUGUAGUAAUUGAAGAUGAUGAAUUUUCAAAAAUUGGAUGCAAGUUUCACCUGGUGUAAUAUGGACUUAUGGAUAUUAGUUAUUUAAAUCUUCAAUUAGCUAUGUUUUUAACUGGAGAGUUACCUUCAA